CUUCACAGCACUGAAAGCAGGGCUGGUGCUGCUGUUGUGUGAGGAAGGGUCUGCAGGUGCCAAAUGCUGAGCAUUAAAGGAAACAACACGACCGUGGGGCAGGAGCAACAGGCCAGCAUGAAGGAAAAAGAAGUGUUAGAAGAUCUGGAAAUACACCUUGCAAGGAGAGACACGGAGGCCCUCUUCCAAGAGCAGCCUGGGACUGGGAACCCGUACUUGGAAGACACUUUGCUUCAGAGUUACUUGAAAACACACCUUCCUCCCAAGGUCCUAGAGGAGGUGCAUCAGGAUCUGGAGAGGUUUGGAAACCGCCUGCUGACCAAGAUCCAACCUCUGAGCUGGGAAUGUGAGCUGAACCCCCCUGUGUUCCGGCAGUACGAUGCCUGGGGGCGGCGCGUGGAUCGCAUCCACACCUGCUCAGCGUGGAGGAGGAUGAAGGAGAUUUCAGCAGAAGAAGGGCUGAUUGCUGAGGCCUAUGAGAAAAGAUACUCCAACUGGAGCCGCCUGUACCAGGCUGUCAAACUGUACUUGUUCUCAAGCUCCUCUGGAGGUUUCAGCUGUCCACUGGCCAUGACUGAUGGGGCAGCCAAAGUCAUUGAGUCACUGGGUAUUCCUGGAUCUCUGAAAAACGCUUUUGACCAUCUGACAUCCCGUGACCCUGAGAAGUUUUGGACCUCUGGCCAGUGGAUGACUGAGCGAAGGGGUGGCUCAGAUGUUGCAAAUGGCACCGAGACCGUGGCCAGGAAGCAGCCGGAUGGCACCUAUCGUCUGUAUGGAUUUAAGUGGUUCACAUCAGCAGCUGAUUCUGAUAUGGCAUUAACCCUGGCCAGGAUAACAGAUGCUGAAGGACAGUGUGCCAAGGGCUCCAGAGGCCUGUCCCUGUUCUUCCUGAGGGUUCGGGAUGAGGAGGGGAAGCUGAACAGCAUCCAGGUGCAAAGGCUGAAGGACAAGCUGGGCACGAGGCAGAUGGCAACAGCAGAGCUGUGGCUGCAAGGAGCCAGAGCAGAGCUGAUCUCUGCAGAGGGUCAUGGAGUGGCCACCAUCUCCAACAUGCUGAACAUCACUCGGAUCCACAAUGUCAUUGCUGCAGUGGCUUCCAUGAGAAGGAUGAUCAGUCUGAGCAGGGACUACGCCCGCAAGCGCAUGGCCUUCGGGAAGCUCCUCAAGGACCAUCCCCUGCACAUGCAGACGAUAGCUCGGAUGGAGGUGCAGGUAAGAGGGGCAUUCCUGCUGCUUAUGGAGAUCGUUCGCCUGCUGGGUCUGGCUGAAACCAACCUGGCAAGUGAGCAGGAGCAGCUGCUGCUGAGGCUGCUCAUCCCAGUGGCCAAACUCUACACAGGGAAGCAGGCUUCUGCUGUGGCUGUUGAGGCAAUGGAGAGUUUUGGGGGCCAAGGUUACAUGGAGGACACAGGCUUGCCAGUCAUACUCCGGGAUACUCUGGUGCUGUCCAUAUGGGAGGGAACAACAAAUAUCCUGUCCCUGGAUGUGCUGCGAUCCCUCGCCAAGAGCCAAGGGCAGGUGAUGGCUGUGUUCCUGUCCACAGUGCAGGAGAAGCUGGAGCUGGUUUCAAGCACCAAGGAACUGGCCCCGGCCGUACAGCGGACACGGGAAGCCAUCGGGAGCCUCCGACAGUUCAUGGCAGCUGCGGGCUCAGAGCAGACACUGACCAUGGAGCUGGCAGCCAGGGACUUCUCCUACAGCCUGGCACGGAUCUACACAGGAGCUCUUUUGAUGGAACACGCGGCUCGGGCCGAUGCUUCCUCCGCAGACGCCUGCGCUGCCCUGAGGUGGUGCAGCCAGGAGCUGUGUCCGGUGGCCGUGGAGUCAGGCAGGGGCAGCUACGGGGGCGGGGCAGCGCUCCAGGACAGCGCCCUGGUGUUCGGGAACAGCCGGCUCUGAGCGCCUGCAGCCCCGGCACGGACACCAGGGGCAGCCCUUUCCACCCACUGUGAACACUGACCUCGUCAGGAACUGCUGCUUUCUGAAGAAAAAAGGGAUUUUUAUUCUCUCUGGCCUCCAGAAAGUUGAUGAAUUCCCUAUGCAUGUGUCCUAAUGAUGCUGCAAACCACCCUGACAUAAAUUCUACAGAAGUUUUGGACUGGAACCCAGUAAUUCUUCACCUAAGCACUGGCUGUGGGCUUCUCCUUCCCCUCAGCCCAUCAGUCAACCUGCUUGGUAUUGCCCUGCUGGCUACAAGUUUUUAAUUAAGAAGUUGCUAAUAGAAGAAGAAAAGCACUAAUAGAUCGAAGACAGCUGGAAUUUAUAGCUGGGAAAUGGUACAGCAGCCAGACACUGAGUGGGAAGAGAGGGAAGGAGCUGUUUGCUGAGAUGAGAGUUGUCUGGAGUUUCAAAGAUAGCAGAGCCAGGACACAAAGGGUGGCUCUGGGGAGGAGCAGAGUGGAACAAUCCCAGCAGGACACAGCAAGGGAGGCUCCACGGGCCCCCUGUGUCCUGGCACAGGGAUCACAGGCUGAGCCAAGCAGAGCUUCCCUGAAAUCACCAAAAUGCCAUGAACCAACCCCAGCAGCAAAGGGCUUCUGUUGUCUGUGCACUGCAGGGAAUAAAGAGUGUUUGGGUUUGGAAAAUCUCCUACA